AGGCAUACUGCUUCUACAAACAUUUGUGAAAGAAUGUGCAAUAAGUCCAUCCGUGAAAUUUCCUUGCUACUAAAUAUUCCUCGGUCAACUGUUAGUGGUGUUAUAACAAAGUGGAAGCAACUGGGAAUAACAGCAACUCAGCCAUGAAGUGGUAAGCCACGUAAAAUUACAGAGUAGGGCAAGCGCAUGCUGAAGCACACAGUGCGAAGAAGUCGCCAACUGUCUGCAGAGUCAAUAGCUAAGGAUCUACAUACUUCAUGUGGCCUUCAGAUUAGCACAACAGUGCAUAGAGAGCUUCAUAGAAUGGGUUUCCAUGGCCGAGCAGCUGCAUCCGAGCCAUACAUUACCAAGUACAAUGCAAAGCAUCAGAUGCAGUGGUGUAAAGCA